AUGUCGAACACGGACAUGGCAGCCGCGAUGCUGGCCACGUAUGGCAGUUACCCUAUUGCCAGCACUUUCGACAUGACAGACUCGAGCCCCGGACUGCACGAGUCAGAAGUUCCUGCUUACAGUGCUGCGUUCGACCUUGAUUCCUCAGCCAAGAGGCAUGCUGCGUGCGAUGAAUGCAGAAAGCGCAAGCUGAAAUGCUCGGGCGACCCUACAGGAUGCGAACGAUGUGUCAAGCAGAAGCUGACCUGCCACUACUCGGCACAGAAACAGAUGGGAAGACCGAGAAAGAGACAGAAGACUGGCGACACUCGGAACAACGAUGAGGAUCCUCUCAUACGCUUGCCCGAGUCGACUAGUACUCAGCCGCAACACCCAGUCCACGAGCCUCCUCCAAGCGUCCCCGAGCCCGUCGUCGACCCGGAUUUGACGGACAAGGAGAUUGAGCGCACAAACUUCCAGAAUAUAUGCAGUGCUUCAAUGGCUCAGACCGUCAAGCGAAACGCGGCCGAGGCACGGGCUGCUGCGGGAAGGACGGUUUCCUGGGUCAAGAAUAACAACGGAAACGUCCAGCCAGGCUCACAGAGCUCGAGCAAUACAUCCCCUUUUGAUGUACCGCAGACACCUGCCGAAGGAGAGGACUCCGCGAACACGACGCUCUAUCCGACAGAUGUUUGUCAAUGGCCUGACUUCAGCGACAUGACCAUGCUACCGGUGGUGGUGACAGACAGAAGUGAGCGCGAAAAGCCAUUUCUCGCAGGGCAGGGUGGCACAAACCGCGAUCCUGGGCCCAUCACAGGAUCGACGCCCUACUCAAACUACCUCUCAGGACUUGACGUGGAUCCUAGCACAAUGGGGCAACUUCCCACUGUUCCAGCUUGUCCAUGUCUACCCAACCUAUAUCUCACACUCUCCACUCUUUCCACUUUAUCUGCCUUUCCCGUCUCGUCAGGUAUGAUUGACACACUAUUGAAUGCUCACCGCACCUGCCGAUCCGUCAUAUACUGCGCUGUGUGUCCUCAGAAGAUGCAGUCUGGGUCCCAGAAUGUGUUCUUGAGUACCAUGCUGGUCACUGUGCUUGCAGACCACUGGCACCGGGUCAAAAGGGCCGGCGCACAAGAACUGAGACUCGGCUUCGGAAGCACUGACCCCGAGUCGAUCGAGACUAUUGCACCCAUGGGCGUCCGCGACGAUCUUGAAUGGCGCACGUUCGGAUACCACUUAAUCAGGGCAUUCGUCUUCGGCGACCAUCCAAUUCCCGACCCUCCCAGCUCCACCACAUCAUCCUCGAGGAGAAAACCGCAGAUCUUACCUACCCACAUCUCCUCCGAAGACAGCGACGCCUCCGCGAUCUACACACUGGACUCGCUCGUGCAGGCCCUCGAGCGGCGGCAGAAACAAUGGCACGACGUGGAACCAUACCAUACCUCACGGGAAUUCCCUCUCAGGUUGGGACAAGAUAAUUUGAAUCCAGAUGCCCUUGCUCACCCGCAUGGAUUGCCAAGGGGGUAUGCACCGGGAAUGACGUUGGAGGACAUCAAGAAAUGCGAGGAUGCGCACCGGGCUAGUGGCGGUGCGGACGAGGGGCUGUUGUGUUUGAAGAUUGUGAAGCAUAGUAGGAUUAUGAUGAAUAGCCUGGAGGGAGAUGUUCCUAGGGUGGAGGGCUGA